UGCAGUUUAAGAUAACAAAUUUUUGAUAAACUAACAGCUGUUACUAAAUCGUGAACUCCACUUAUAAUAUCCGUUUUUUACUUAUCAGUGAGUUGCAAUCAUAAAACAGACCGUAUUACUAUCCAAAGUUUAAUUUACCGAAAUGGCGCCAUUUAAAAAUGGGCAAAAUCGUUGGAGAAAAUUUUUAAAGAUAAUUUUUUUGGUGUUACUAGUAUUUAAAUUUAUUGAUAUUAAAGCUAACAAUGAUGUUAGUGUCAAAAAAUUGCCAACUGUUUUUGUGGCUUUGCUCAUUAGAAAUAAAGCUCACACGUUACCUUAUUUUUUUAGUACUUUUGAAAUGUUAGAUUACCCUAAGGAUCGUAUUCAUUUAUGGUUAAGAAGUGAUCAUAAUAUUGAUAAUUCUUCUAAAAUUAUUAAUAAAUGGAUAACUACAUCUGGAACUGCAUAUCAUUCAAGUGAUGUUUUAAUAAAUGACGUGCCACUUGAAUAUAGUGAAGAAACUGGUCCUGGACAUUGGCCUGAUUCAAGGUUUCAACAUAUCAUUGAGCUAAAAGAAUCAGCACUAUUCUCAGCCAGAAAUAAAUGGGCCGAUUUUAUAUGGUUUUUGGAUUGUGAUGUUUUUUUAAUUAAUCCUUUAACAUUAAAAUAUUUAAUUAGUAAAAACUACCCAGUUGUUGCUCCUAUGCUUCAGUCAGAUGGUUUAUACUCCAACUUUUGGUGUGGUAUGACUAGUAACUAUUAUUAUAAAAGAACUCCUGAGUAUACACCAAUAGUUAAACGUAAGACACGAGGGUGUUUUCAAGUCCCUAUGGUUCACAGCUCAGUUUUGAUAGAUUUAAGAAUUCAGAUCAGUGAUAAUUUAUCAUUUGAUAAGAAUAAAUUAUUAAAUUAUAAAGGACCAUUAGAUGAUAUUAUCGUUUUUGCUGUAUCUGCAAACUUUUCUGGUAUAUCAUUUUAUGUUUGCAAUGAUCAAUUAUUUGGAUAUAUAACUAUACCACUUGAGAAAGAUAGUUCUUUAGAAAUUGAUAAAGUUCAAUUGACAAAUAUAAAAUUAGAAAUAACUGUUGAAAACAAUCCUUUAGAAGCAUCAAAUAAUUUAAACAAUCUUGGUUUAUUGACUACACCAGUUGAUAAUAUGGGUCUAGAUAAAAUUUAUAUUAUAAAUUUGGCUCGAAGAACAGAAAGAUAUAAACGUAUGUUAUACUGUAUGACCGAACUUGGAUUAAGUGCCACCUUCAUUGAAGCCACGGAUGGAAAAGCUAUAAAGGACAUAGAUUUAGACUUAAUGGGUGUGAAACUUUUACCGGGAUAUAAAGAUCCAUAUUAUAAACGACCAAUCACUAAAGGAGAAAUAGGAUGUUUCAUGAGUCAUUACAGAUUGUGGGCUAUGAUAACUGCCGAGGGCUUAGACGAAGUGUUGAUCCUGGAAGAUGAUAUACGAUUUGAACCGUAUUUCCGUUUUAAGUUGCAAGCGAUAUUAGAAGAGUUGAGACGUCUAGGCAUUCCGUGGGAUUUAGUAUAUAUAGGUCGAAAACCGUUGGAAGAUAGCAAUGAAGUACCAGUAGAAAAUUCUAAAUAUUUAAUUUAUCCUGGAUAUUCUUAUUGGACUCUUGGAUAUUUAAUAAGUGGUCGAGGAGCAAAAAAAUUACUAGACGCUGAUCCACUUAAAAAACUAUUGCCUGUCGAUGAAUUUCUCCCUAUUAUGUUCAAUCAACAUCCACGAAACGAAUGGUUAAGUCAGUUUAUUGAACGAAAUUUGCUAGCCUUAUCAGCGUCGCCAUUAUUAAUUUACCCCAUACGGUAUACCUAUGACGAAGGAUAUGUAAGUGAUACUGAAGACUCAGUAGUAAUUACAACAAAAGACUACAUGGAACAAGAUAAUAUUAAAGUAGAUUUGUAAUGAACUUUAUAUUUUACUUCUCAAUUGUCAUAUAUUUUAUUUUUUAUUAGUUGAUCAAAAGUUUAUUGUUGUUUAUAUUAAUAAUUAUAUUCAUAUAUUAUUUGCAAUCUCAGUUUAUUACAAUUUAUCAUUAUAGUUGUUGUAAUAAUAUCUUAAAAAAAAGUCUUGCAUAAUAAUUAUUUUAUGGAGAAAUCUUAAUUUUAU